GAUGGUAAAGACAAAGCACACAACACUUAAUAAACGCCUAUCCAAAACCAUCCUCGCAUUUCUUUCAGAGAAAAAGUAAUGGACAGCCACCUCCAACUCAUUCCGGAACAGCAGCGAAAACUCCUUCCAUGACCAGCAUCCGUGAAACCAGCACAAAUAGCUCAGCUUCAACUCCCCAACACGAGAGAGUGUCCGCCGCAGGCUCCUGCGUGUCUGCUCACACCGUAGGCUGUCAGACCGUAGAGUCCGCCCUGCUGCCCUGUGAGGCCUGCGCUUGCGUUCAGGCGGUCAUGAAGGAGAGCAGUGACGCUCUAGUGUCUUUGUGCCAGUCUCUGGGUUUGCCUUGCUCCAUGCAGGGCUUCCUGGAAGCUGUGGAGGAAACGCAGCAGCUGGGCCGCUUGUCUGCGUGUGAUAUUUCCCAAUGGGCAAGUGAGCAGCGUAGAGAUUUGAGCCGCGUGGGAAAACACGUCCUCGAGGUGAGAGAAACUGUUGAGCCGCUGAAAAAGAAGCUGAAAGAGACAGAGAGUGAGAGAGAGAGGCUGAGAAAACAGCUGUCAGAGAUGGCCAAAAGAGAAAAGGAGGAUAGGAGGAAGACGGAGGAGGAGUGGGAGCGCAGAAUGCAGGAGGUGAAAUCCAAGGGAGAGGAAGCAGAAAGGAGGCUGAAAGAGGAGAAGGAGGAUUUAAAGAAAGGCGUGACAUUGUUAGCAGACCGAAAUUCUGAACUCAUGGCAGAAGUGAAUUCGCAAACAGAAGUAAAACAGAGUCUUGAAUUUGAGAGGACUGCACUACAGGAGGAAGUUCAUCGUCUGCAUUCACUAGAGACCGCGUUAAGAGAGGAAGAGGAGAGCAGGCAAAACCUGGAGAAGGAGCUCAGAAGUACACAGACUCUGCUGAGCAAAGAGAGUGCCAAGAGCCACAGUCUUCAACGCCAACAUGAGGCGCUUCAAGUGAAACAGGCAGCUCUGCGUAAGCAUCUGGACGUGCUGGUUCAGCAGACUGAAGAUCUGCAUAGCAGUCUGGAAGAAUGUGAGGAUGAAAAAAACGAUCUUGCCAACAAACUCACACAGAUCAUUCAAGAAAAAGAUGCACUUCAGGAGCAACUUACACAGCAGCAGUCCCAGUGUAGUUUGCUGAGUACUGAGAAACAGAAGAAGCAGACACAGAUCACAGAACUGGAGGAGAGAGCGUCUCGACUGAAAGAGAUGCUUGAAGAAGCCACCCAGAGAGAGAGGUUACUGGUGGCCUUUCCUGAGCUCAACCCACAAGCAGCACCCCAGACUACAGGUGAUGUGAUGUGUGAUAUGGAGCAGCAGCUGAAGGCAAACUCAUUGAGGAUCAGGAUCCUGCAGCAGGAGAACAGCACCCUGAGUAACAGUCUAGAAAGACUGAGGGACAAAGAGGAGAAACAAAGGUCUUCAGAUUCUGGGAUAACGGAGAUGGACAGAAGCGGUGAAGCUCCAGCGAUGGGAACCUCGGACAACUCUAGCACCCCGUCAACCGCCUGCUCUCGCUCCUCCCCUUCAUCCGCUCUUCAUCACCAGACUCUCCGCCUCUCUCUGCAUCAAGAUGUGGAAGAAAGGUACAUGAACAUCCGCAGCACUGCUCGCAGCCGGUCUGCAGGCACACGUCGCAGAAGGAAAUGA